CUCAAACCGACGCCCACACUUUCCACCUUCUAUACCAAAAAAAAUAAACGCUCUCUCUCUCUCUCUCAAAAUUAAUUCUUGUGUUUUGUGUUGGAGAAAUGCAGGCGAGGAGGGAGUCAUCACAGUCCCCGAGUUUCAAUAGCUAUUCCAAUAAGAAUCUGGCUGCAAUUGCUGAUAGAGUUGUUCAAGAGUUCAGGGCUGAAAAUGGAACAGAGGAGGAAUUUGUUGUUGAUGAUAAUGGAGGUUUCAGUUGCUUUGAGAGUGGAGGAAGAUUGAAUGACAAGGAGGAGGAACAAGGAAAUGAAGAUGAUGAUGAAUUUGAGUUUUCGUUUGUGAAAGAGUCUGAAAUUUCACCGGUUGCGGCUGAUGAGAUCUUCUACAAUGGUCAGAUCCGUCCAAUUUACCCGCUUUUCAAUAGAGAUUUGUUGUUGGAUUUCAUGAAUGAUAGCUCUAAUUCGAAUUCCACGUCGGAGGAGGUUUCUGCUCGACCGAAAUCAAUUCGGCUUCCGUUACGGAAGCUUUUCCUGGAAGAAGAGCGAGAAGCUAACUCCUCGUGCUCGUCAUCGGAAAUCGACGAUCUGGAAGGGAUUGCCGAGGACACAUACUGCGUGUGGAUGCCUAAACCGGAGGAAAAAUCUGCCGGAGGUUGUAAAAAGAGCAGCUCCACAGGCUCCUCAAAGCGCUGGAAGUUUCGUGACCUCCUAUACCGGAGCAAUAGCGACGGUAAGGACACUUUCGUUUUUUUGACUCAUUCCUUCAAAAAGAAGGAGGAAAACAAAGCUGAGAAGACGACGACGAAGAUUGAUAAUGCAUCAAAGGUUACCUUAAAAUCAAAGGGAGUUCCGAUGGCUGAAGGUAACCCGGCGAUGCAUUACGUGAAGAACGGAGGUGGCGAGAAAAGGAAAACCUACUUACCGUACAGGCAGGAUCUAGUUGGAUUUCUUGCUAACAUGAAAGGGACGAGUCGGAAUGUACAGCCAUUGUGAGGUGAAUACAUGAUUAAUUAAGGUCCUUAUUAAUUAUGAUUACGUAGUUGAUUUGCUGGUUUUGGAGUGAUGAUCAUGUUAGUAUUUAGAGUGAUUAAAUUAGGGAGUAAAUGAUGAUUAGAUCGAGCGUCUGUAAAUAUCUUUAUAAGUUUUGUCCUUAUCUCAGUUAAUGAAUUAUGAAUUCAGUUUUCGUAUUAGUAUUAUUUUCUUUAUUUCAUUUAA